AUGGCGGCCGAAAUGGAUGGCGAAAACGGAUCAUCAAAUCUGACGCAAGAUUUUUCAUCUGGAGACCACAAGUUAAGGCACUAUUUCGCAUUGUAUACAUACCAUGCUAAUAGGCCCAGUAUUCAGGAAGUCGGCCAAGAAGUUGACAGGAAUGAUUCAACGGUCGCUAACUUCCUUCAGAGGGAAGCAACGUCAAACAGAGAUUUUAGUCUCUCAGUUAUCGCAACGGACCUAAUUGCUGAACAAGAAACUGAACUCAGAGAGUUUAUAUUCAAGAGGUUAUCUCGAGGGACUGUGUAUGGUGGCAGUGGAAACGUCAACACUGUCGACAUAAGCAAUGAACCAUUGUCAUGUUACUACUAUCUCCUGAGGCAACAGACCAUUCCAGAUGAUUCUGAGCUCGACCAAGAUGAGCAAACGAACACCUUCUACACAUCUAUCGAGUACGUUAUCUGUUUACUGAUGGACACAAGUGCUGCAUUGGAGCUAUUUCGUCCUGAGCUUGAUGCCUACAGUGAAGGUCUCCUUGCAGUAUUGGAUUCAGAGGCUAAGGAAUUAAUCAAGAUUCAACAUUACCUUGAGCAGUGGUACCAACAGGCAGCUGAGUAUGUGUGCCGAUGUACAGACAGAUUCCAAGAUGAUCUCUCGCUACUGAUACACACGGCAUUACUUGAUGAAAAACUAAAUUACAUAGGAGGGGAUGAGGAAUUAAGAUCUGAUGUUACAAAAUUCGUGCAAGUUUGCAGCUUAUCAGACCUACUUCAACACAUGAGUGAUAGUGACACCAACUCCCAAGGGACCUCAUCGUCUGAACCAACGCUGAUUGACUUAGAGUCUAACGGGUCUCAUGAUCAAGCUGACGGUAAAUCAGCAGACGGCUCAUCUCAGCCUGUACAGCUGGUCUUUGAUGACUCUACACAACAUUUUCAUAAUGCUGAGAGCAGUCCUUUCUGUGAGGAGUGGACGCGGCUUUUACUGACCAGCAGCGGUGGUAAUCCAGCCAAUCUGAGGCAAAUCAUAGAGGAUUGUAAACUACGCACCAUUCAAGAUUUGAAUACUUUAAAGAGGCUCGUCAGGCAGGCAGAAUCUGACCACUAUGCUCUGUAUCGAGCGUUUGCAUUCUUGAGGGAUUGCGGUAACGGUGCUGUUCUACUGAGACAUAUCUGGAAGGAUGAGAACACAGUCACAUCUCAAGAUACGCAGAGCGUCUUGCACGUUUUGGAAGAGUUCAUCUCACAGAAUGGCUGCUUCGCUAAAUCCUGAUCAAGAAUCUCGGCUAACUUAGCCCUUGCACUGGUUUAUUAGGCCUGGAGUUUCAUCUUUCAGGGGCAAGGCAAUUUUCAUUUUGCAAAGGGCACUUGAAUUGGACAAUGUUUAAGAGUCUAUGUGAAGCUUUCGGGGGCACCAAAGCCAAGACCAGGGCCCAAUUUCAUAGAGCUGCUAAGCACAAAAAUUUGCUAA